CUCCCCUGAUAUGUGAGGACACAGACUGGAUCAGACACAACAAGCCUCCACAGACUGUGAUGAUAAGACCUGGUGCCUCCCUGAUCAAACCCUGACUGAGCACGUGCCUCUGACUGUCUAACAAGAAACAUGACGGCCAUCAACGCACCUCGGGACAAAUACAAUGCAGUAUGGAUUAUUUUCUUCAUCCUGGGCUUGGGAACCCUCUUACCGUGGAAUUUCUUCAUGACGGCAACUAUGUUCUUCACAAGCAGGCUGAAGGACACGUCCACUGACCCCUCCUCCUCUCAGAUGGCAAAUGGCACUAUGGUCGAUAGUCGCAGCGUGCUGGAGUCAAAGUUUAACAACGUGAUGACGCUCUGCGCCAUGGUACCUCUACUCAUCUUCACCUGCCUCAACUCCUUCCUGCACCAGAGGAUUUCUCAGAAGCUUCGGAUCACUGGCAGUCUGGUGGUCAUCCUGGUGGUGUUCCUGUUGACGGCGGUGUUGGUCAAGGUGGACAUGGACCCUCUGCCUUUCUUCACCAUCACUAUGAUCAAAAUUAUCUGCAUCAACUCGUUCGGGGCGAUUCUUCAGGGCAGUCUGUUUGGGCUGGCGGGGAUACUGCCUGCCUCCUACACCACGCCCAUCAUGAGUGGACAGGGGCUGGCCGGCACCUUCGCUGCUUUCUCCAUGAUCUGCGCACUGGCCUCCGGAUCAGCCCUGCAGGACAGCGCUUUCGGGUACUUUAUCACAGCCUGCGUUGUUAUUCUCCUGGCCAUAUUCUCCUACCUCGUUCUGCCCAGGAUGGAGUUUUUCCAGUACUGCAUUGAGAGUAAUGGAGCCAGACCGUCAGGUGAUGAGGAGAACAAGAUGGACUUACUCAAAAAAGAUAGUCCUGCGGAGAAGCGACCGGUGGUGAGUCUGACAGAGGAAGAGCCCAAACCUACUGUGUCUGUGAUAAACAUCUUCAAACAGAUCUGGGUGAUGGCUCUGUCAGUGUGCUUCAUCUUCACUGUCACCAUUGGGACAUUCCCGGCCGUAGCGGUGGAUGUCAAGUCAACAGUAGCACAAGGAGGCGCCUGGGAAACUUACUUCAUCCCCGUCUCAUGUUUCCUCCUCUUCAACUUGAUGGACUGGGCUGGCAGGAGUCUGACGGCCGUCUGUAUGUGGCCGGGUAAAGACAGUAUGUGGCUUCCUGUCCUGGUGGGUCUGCGGAUCGUCUUCAUCCCGCUCUUCAUGCUGUGUAACGUCCAGCCUCGUGACCACCUCCCUGUGCUGUUCGGCCACGACGCGUUGUACAUCGUCUUCAUGAUCUUCUUCGCCUUCUCCAACGGAUAUCUGGCCAGUCUCUGCAUGUGCUUCGGACCCAAGAAGGUGCCACAGCAUGAGGCGGAGACGGCGGGGGCCAUCAUGGCCUUCUUCUUGUCCCUCGGCUUGGCACUGGGCGCCGGAAUCUCGUUUGCUUUCCGAGCAAUGGUCUAAAACCUCCAGUAGACCCUUCAGUAGACAUAGAUUAGACGACCCCGCCCUCAAAUACUCCGACUGAGCUGAGACGGCACAGCAGACUAGAAGACUAGAGGACCUCAGUCUUCUCACAUGUACAGCAGAGACUCGUCUCACCCAGCCAACAAUAUAAGCUGAAACACGUUACUGAAUAUUUGUCUUCCUCCAAACUCGAUGCCAUAGAUAUAACAGGUUGUGUCUCUGAGAAGAAGAAGGACAGAGUGCCAUUUGAAAACCAAAAGUGUAGAGAAGUCAGUGAUCGUGGACUCGUCGUGUAGAAGGAAGCAGAAAUUCUCUUUAGGUGUGUUUUGUUAAUUUUCCCAGAUAUCCCAAAGCUGGUGAUGAAGACGAGCUGCACACAGAGUAUCCUAGAGCCUCAUUCUUAAAACGUUCUUCUGCACAAAAUGAUCAAAUAUUACAUUUCUUAGUUCCUUUGAAACAUUCUUUAGAAAUCAUAUGCCGUUAUGAUGGUGUGUAAAUAAAGUGUCGACACAUUUCUAUGAAUGAGGCUCUUAGAUUCUGGUGUUCGGCUCGUCUACAUAAACCAGUAAAUUGAACCCAUCAGUUUGUAAAGUAUCCUCAACGACUUCACUCUGGACUGUUGCAGCUUUUUAACUCUGAUCAAGCCAAAUACAUGAAGACAACAUGGGAAAAUGAUGAACUUUGAAGGGAGGUCACGACCCAUCAAGCGGCUAAUUAAUGUGUCGUGUGUAAACCGCUUCGCUCCCUCGCUCUACUUUCAGUGUCUCCUCGGGUCACUUAAGUUUGUAAACUUCCUCACGACGAAUCAGUACAUUCUCCUAGAAUGUAAGGACGGACUAAAUCCUAAAGCAAGGUUUUAAUCCCCAAUCUGAGCCACUAACUGCAGAAUAUUCAUCGUCUUUGUCUCUUUGUAGUUUUAGAUGAACAAGUACCAGCGUGGGUCUGUUUGGUUUAUCUUAAAGCACAGAGUCUUGAUUUUCAGCCCACAUCAUGAAGUUUUUACUGUCUUCCUGAUAAACAGCUUUUGCCACAAUGUAUUUUUGAACGCGGAAAAAUAUGAAGCCGUCAGUGACGUGAAAUGUGCCAUUUGUGAGUGAGAUCAGGAGACUUUAAUCUCAUGCUUUAGCUCUCGAGCCUGUGACAUUUCUCAUUUCACUUCAUGUAAGAUACGUUUUGUACCAGAAGUAGUUUUUAGUAUGUUUUUCAAACUUUACCACUUUGCUCUCGCUGAGUUAGUUUUAUUAUCACGAAAGGGGGAGGUGCCUAUCAGUGUUAUAUUUGUGUGGCUUUUUUUUAAUGCUUUUAAAGAAAGUCUGCUUUAGUUGUACGCUAUUAUUCAUAACACCAGCUGUAUACAUCCUAACUGCCUGUUUGUUUAAAAGCACAACGUCGGUCUGUUCUUCUGUACUUUGUGUUUUGGUUGGUAUGGAAGUCAAGGACCAUGAAAAUGUUACUUAUAUUGCAGCUUAAAACAGUUCUGUGAUAAAAUAAAACUGUAUUUUUAAGAA